AUGACUCACAGUCGACCUCUGGGCCGCCCUUACUCCUUUCAGUUCGGCCAGCACUGGGCCCGUCUACACUAUACUGGUCAAAGCGAGCUUCUCCCCACCCGGGACUAUGUUGGACACACUUAUUUCACUUGCCCUUCGUCAUACGCCAACAAGGCUAGACAUGCACAGCCAAAGGACUACGAUAAAGCUGGAUCUGCCACCAAUGCCUGGGCUGAGCCCUGUACCCAGUCCUCCACGCUGCCGUCUGGGUCCUCCAAACCCACCAGGCUACCACCAGAGGCCACUGCCCAACCCACUCUUGGUCCGGAGGGGCCCAGCGCUCGGCCUACCAAGCCGCACCCUGACCCCAGUGUCCGGCCCAAGUUGUUGCCUGGUGUAAAAUCUGGGUCCAGUGAGCCUCGCGGUAAGCUACGCGAGCAGCAGAGCGGGACAGGUGUACAGACCCAGGUCGGUGUUCAGUCCAGCACAACAUCACGGACCGCUGCUCAGCCCUCCACGUCAUCGCGGUCAGCUGCCCAGCCCUCCACGUCAUCGCAGACUGCUGCCCAGCCCCCCACGUCAUCGCAGACUGCUGCCCAGCCCUCCGCGCCAUCGCAGACUGCCGUGCAGCCCUCCACGUCAUCGCGGAUCGCUGCCCCAUCCUCCACGUCAUCGCAGAACGCUGCCCAGCCGUCCACUGAGCCACCGCUUGUGACCAGCGACCAGCCUUCUCCGACAGCCUCCGCGGAGGAGUGCGCGCUGUGGCCUCCUCUCCCUCCUUCAGACGAGGACCAUCGAUCCUCUGAGACCAGCUCCUCGGGGUCCUCAGGUGAGCCCCUCUCUGUCUCAGGGUCAGAGGAGCAUUCUCAAAGCAGCUGUCUCCCCCAGACUGUGACGUCAGCCCCGUACUCGGAGACAUCACUGAAGAAGAGGUCCUUUGUGCUAUAA